GAAUGACCAAGCUCUGGGAAAAUAACAUACAUACGAUACGAUACGACUGAUGGAUUAUCGACAAAAAAGAAAACUUUCUUUUCUUACUAUUGGAUUAAUAUUUCUUUUGAGCGGCGUGGAAUAUGCUGUCAUUCUACCUACAAUAUGGAGAUAUCUGCAGUUAUUAGAGGCACCACCCUAUUUUCUCGGCUUGGGUCUGUCUGCGUUCAGCUUCAGUGGACUGGUGACAGGUCCAGUGUUUGGCCAUUGGUCUGACAAAACCAGAACUACAAAGAAAAUCAUCCUCUUCUCCAACGUUUUUGAAAUCGUGGGAAACUUUAUGUAUUUCAUGGGAUAUUCAAAAUGGCUUUUGUUGUCCAGUCGUCUUGUUGCAGGUAUCGGAGCGGGAGCUGGUUCCUCCAUCUUUGGGUUCCUCACAAGGACUACCCUUCCUGAUGAGCGAGCGAGAGUCUUUGCUGCUGUAAUGGCCUGCCGUCAGGCUGGACUUCUGAUUGGACCAGCCUUUAAUAUCUUUCUGAGGUUGUGUGAUUUUAAACUGGGCCCAUUUGUUGUAAACAAGUACACCUCACCUGGGCUCUUCAUGUGCGGGAUGUGGCUGCUCAUGCAGUUAGCGGUGAUGGUCGUGUACUGGGACAUCCCACCACUAGACUCCAUCUCUGAGCAGAACACCCCCCUUAGAGAGGUCAGAGGUGAAGAGGAGGAGGAGCCUCUCAUGAGUCUGGAAGAUCAAGACAGAACCGUAGGAGUGGAAUCGUGUGGAUCGGUCAACCCCGAACAGACUGAGACCCAGCUCUCAUCUGAACUCCCACCUUCUCCUCCUGAUUCCCCCCCUACAGCUACUUCCGACCCCUUUGAAAACUUCAAUGCAAGCCAAGAGUUUCUCAGGGAGGAGGUUGUGGUUCUCCUGACCGCUCAGUUCAUCACGCUCUUCAAUCAGACAGCACUCGAGACCAUGGUGACACCUCUUACGCAGAAGUACUUUGGCUUUGGUGAGCUGGGGAACAGUGUGAUGUACAGCCUGUGUGGGGUGGAGGUAAUUGCAGGUUUCUUCCUGGUGCGCUGGCUGAGUCGUGUGCUGGAGGACCGGGUGGUGCUGGCGGUAGGGCUGGUCAUCUGCAGCGGGGCUUGUGUCUGGUGCCUCAUUUUCCUGGCCAACCCACAGGGUGGUUUUGCAUUUGAGUUGAUGGAGUUCAUCAUUGGAGUGUUUCUGCAGUUACUGGGACUUCCUUUUGUGGCCGUGUCUCAGGUGUCCCUCUUUUCUAAAGUUACAGCUGAAAAGACACAAGGCUUUAGUCAGGGUGUGCGGCGUUCAGUCGGUGGUCUUGCCACCAUCUUGGGUCCCCUGUGGGCAGGUGGUCUAAUAGGAAAUCUAUAUGUGAUGCUGGGUAUGAUGAUGUUUCUACUGACCCUCAUCAUGAUCAUGAUGGUGUUGUCCUAUGAGAAGCUGGUGGAGCCACCCAGAGUAGAGCACGCACAGGACUCAGAGAAUGGAGGAUAGAGACCACCCUUCCCUUUACAGGACACAGAGCAAGAGCCCCUCUCUCUCUGCGGUCUGUCAGCCAAAAUUUAGUGCUCGUGUGGGGCUGUACAGAGCAGAUGCUGAAACAGUAGGAGAUAAGAGGCCCUGCCAGGGCCAGCAGACCACAAACAGCAAGAAGGGCACACACGCACACAUUACACACACAUAUUACAUUUGGCAGAGCAUCUAAUUAAUUCUGUCAUCAUAUUUUGGGUUUAUGCUGCGGAUUUUUGCAUUCUGAAUUAAAAUGUUUGUAAUUUUCCCCUUAUGUCUAACUUGACGUAGCAUCUCUAAAGCACAUUUUUAUCAUAUUUACUGAGUGAGUCUUUUUUAUGAAAAUGUCAUAUUUCAAUUGAAUAUCUGCUAACAAUUGUGUGAUCUAGUGGUUCUCAACUGGUGGGUCGCAAUAAUGUUCUGAUAGGGUUGCAGACAGCAGGGAAAAAAACUGAUAAAUGCAAAUAAUAAAACACAACUGUCAGUAUAAUCGCACAUUGUGAGGAUAGCAAUAUAAAUGUGUUUAUUAAUUAUAAAAAGGGACAUGCUCUCAUUAAAAACCAUGCACAAAACUACAUUUUUUGACAAUUUUUGACUACAACCCAGACUAUAUUAAAAACUGGUUCACUUGCAAUGAGGAUAAACAUGGUUUGUGCUGACCACAAUGUGUUUUGUACUUCUUGGUAGUUCAUAGUAAUAUUAUAGUAAAAAAUCUCAAUGUUUUAUUUGAAAUACAUUACUUACUUUUGUACUAUAAAACAUUUGAGUUUUUUUUCCAAUGUAAAAUCUGGAGUUAAAACCUGUUAAAAACCACUGCUCUCCUGAGUAUGGAUGUUUACAGUGAAUCAACACAUGAUGGUGCUAUUGUCCCUUAAAGAGAUUCACAUAACAGAACUGAAAAUAACUGCAGGACCCUGUACAUGAGAAUGUGUGUGUGUGUGUGUGUGUGUGUGGGUGUGUGAGAGAGAGAUGGUUAGAUAGAGAAAGGGAAAGAGAUAGAAGGAGAUCGAUGAUAAAGUGAAGGAAAUUGAGUUUCUCAAAAACAAAUGAUUCAUGCAAUUAUUCUGCACAUAUCAUCGGUCAUUUCCCCUGAUAUUUACCCAUACUUA